AUCCUAUACCACUGCCAAUUCUGACGAAUCCGUCGCUGAAACCAGACUGUGUCUUCUUGGGGACGGCUUACCAUUGUACGGAUUGAUUUCGACGAGGAACUGCAUUUUCAUGAAUUCCAAAAAGGCCAGCAGCUGCGCUAUCUGCGAUAACCUCAAUCGCGCUUCCAUCUGCACCAUCUGUGCCAAUUACCGAUUAAAUGAGUAUCAAACCUUGUUGAAAUCGCUCAAGAGUCGUCGGGAUUUCUUGUUUUCGAAAUUGAGUCAAGUGCUGGUGGCAAAGGGAAAAGCAGAUGAUCAACUUAACUGGAAAGUGCAUCAGAAUGAAAAGCUAGCAAACUUGAGGGAGAAACUACGCCGGAGUAAACAUCAACUAGCACAAGGGAAUGCUAAGAUUGAGAGUCUUUCAUAUGACUUAAAGGUCAAAUAUGGGGUGCUUGAAUCCGCUCUUAGUCUGCUUGAAAAGAAUCGCAGGGAACAACUGGAAAAGUUCUCUCCCAACCUUAUUUACACUCAGAGCUUGGAUCAUAUGGCAGUUACCUCAGAACGUCUUCAUAAACAGUCUGUCAUCAUAAAGCAGAUAUGCAAGCUGUUCCCACAACGUCAAGUUAAUCUAGAUGGAGAGAGAAGAGAUGGUUCCACUGCUCAAUAUGACUUGAUUUGCAAUGCACGCUUGCCAAGAGGGCUUGACCCACAGUUUGUUCCACCGAAAGAGCUUGCUGCCUCAUUAGGAUACAUGGUGCAACUCCUAAAUCUUAUCGUACAUGUCUUAGCUGCCCCUGCACUUCACAACUCAGGUUUUGCGGGGUCUUGCUCAAGGAUAUGGCAAAGAGAUUCUUAUUGGGAUGCACGUCCUUCAUCUAGAAGCAAUGAAUAUCCUCUUUUCAUACCUUGUCAAAAUUAUUGCUCCACUAGCGGGGAUAAUUCAAGGACAGAUAGAAGGUCUAGUAAUUUUGUUGUUGCUUCAAUGGAAUAUGAAGGAAAGCCCCGGGCAGAUUCUUGUGGAAGUAAUAGCUUCAACCAUUCUUCUGCCUCUCCUCAUUCUGUCGAGACAAACAAGGAUUUGCAGAAAGGGAUAUCUCUUCUUGAGAAAAGUGUGGCAUGCAUAACAUCUUACUGUUACAACUCAUUGUGCUUGAAUGUUCCAACUGAGGCGUCUACCUUCAAAGCAUUUUCCACACUAUUGGCAACACUGUCCUCCAAGGAAAUCCGAUCUGCGUUUUCCCUGAAAAUGGCUUGUUCAAGGUCAUAUAAGCAAGUUCAACAAUUAAAUAAAUCUGUAUGGAAUAUGAACUCUGCCAUGUCGUCAAGCACUUUACUGGAGAGCGCACAUGCACUGCCCAUAACGAAAAGCAUUCCGAACCAAAACGUUCCGAGUUCUGCUGCUAGUUCUCUUGACACUACUGAGAUCUCCGAUAUUGGAAAAAAUGAAAGUCUAAUUGAUGAAUGGGAUCUUGUGGAGCAUCCAACUCUUCCCCCUCCGCCAUCACAAACUGAAGAUGUUGAGCAUUGGACUCGGGCUAUGUUCAUUGAUGCUACAAAGGGAUGAUCUGAUUCCUGAAAGUUUAUAUAGUCUCAAACACAUCUUAGCUGUAUAAAUAGCGAGCUCAUGGCUUAAAAUGUGAUAUAGAGAUAAUCUUGUAUGUAUGCACAUCUGAUUUCGGCUACCUAACAGGUGAAGUCAUGCCUGUUCGCAUCUGAAAU